UUAUAAUUAAAAUAAUUUAUCACAUUUAUCUGAUAUUAUUGGAAUUAUAUUAUCAGUAUUUGACUUUCAUUACUGUUGUAAUUAUAAUCUCCAUUAAAAAUGAGUUUCUAUUAUUGUUCUGGAAUAUUCCUUUGUUUUAUGUAUGUGAUAGCCUUACCAAUAUUUUCAACUGGAAUGCCCUGUUCUGGCAAAGAAACUACUAACAAUUAUUCAAAUCAAAAUGGUGGACCAGCAAAAGAUUCAGAAACUGAUAUAACCGAUUCUUCAGAUGAGAAUGAUGAAGUACCAGAUAAUUUAUUAAAAGAACUUCUAAAUCCUUCAAAUGAGGAAAUGUAUCCCAUAGCGUUUUAUAGCUCACAAGCAGUGUUCAAUGGAUAUAAGGAAUAUGCUAAUAAUAAGGGUCAAAUUAGUGCUUUAAAAGUGUUAGAAAUUGCAAACGAAAGAAAUGCUACUGAUAAUGGAAGUAGCACUGAGAUUAACGAUUUAGAUGGUGAUGAAAUGAUUAAUCUCUCAGAACUUCUUAUGUUCAUAUUUAAUAAGAUGAAAACUUUUGAAGAGGAUUUUAACACACUAUUAAGUAAAGGUGAUGAAAAAAAUAAUGGAUUUGUGUCCAGUGAGUAUGCAAAAGAAGUCUUAUUGAAAUCCCAAUUGUUAGGUGAUCAAAUAACAGGCAAAGUCCUUGACAAUUUACUCAAAAAAUAUACAAAUGAGAAUAAUCAAUUCAAUUACUUAGAGAUGAAAAAAAACGUAUUUGAUGAUGCUGAAGAAUAUCAAUCUGAUCUCUAUUCUUAUAAUUACGAGAAAAAAAAAUGGGUGCUUAAAUACAAAUAUACUCCUACUCAUUGUUUAUAAAAAUACAGUAAAACUUCAUUGAUAUUAUUUAUUCCAUAAUAUAUUUUUUUAUAAAUGUUUAAAUUGAUUUACAUAAAUUUAUAUUUGAUUUGUAAUAUUCAUAGAAAAUAUGUAUCUUAUUAAUUGUGGUAUUUUAUCACAAUUCUAAGUAUAAGUGUCGAUAGAAAUACAUAAUCAAACAUAUUAUGAUUCUAAAAGAGAACUAUAAAAUAUAUUUUUAGAUAACAAGCGAAAUAAAG